UCUUACUAUGUACUCCUGGCUGGCCUGGAACUCUCUCUACAGACCAUUCUGGCCUCGAACUCUCAGAGAUUUUCCUGCCUCUGUCUCCCAAACACUGAAAUUAGCGGCAAGUGCCACCUCACUAGGCUUUCCCGUUUCUUUUUGUGGCCCCUCACCUGACUGAACUCUUCCAGCAUCCUCCCAGCCAUGGUUCUCUGUUUCACAUCCCUCCUAGAUCUAUGUCCUCGCUUUUGAGGGUUCUCCAGUUCAGACCACUCAACUCUCUGUUUGAUGCUGCUCCCAACCUGUUUCUCUGUUCUCACCUUGUCUGCAUUCUGAACCCUCUCUGCAUCUUUCAUGUCCCUGGUCCCAUGUCCUGGCUGGCUCUGUCGCCCCUCUCCUGCCCGCCCAGUCACAAUCGCCCCUGGACGUCAGCUGUGUGCUGCAGGCUCAGGACCCAUUAGCCAGGCAGUCCGGUCCCGCCUGUGGCCCGCAACCCGAGGGAGCCCGUGGGUGUGCUGGGCGCCUCCUUGCACAGUUCUGCGUAUCCCGAGGGAAGCAAGCAGUGGCCAUGGGCACUCGCGGGCCCUAUGCGCUGGUGGACACCACACCUGCCAAGACCAUCUUGGUGUACCGCAACGGGGACCAGUUCUAUGUAGGCCGCAAGUUCGUGUUCUCCCGGCGCCGUGUAGCCAACUUCGAGGCUCUGCUGGAGCAGCUGACCGAGCAGGUGGACGUGCCCUUCGGUGUGCGGCGGCUCUACACGCCCACGCGCGGCCACCCGGUGCUCGGACUGGACGCGGUGCAGACCGGUGGCAAGUACGUGGCUGCGGGCCGGGAGCGCUUCAAGAAGCUGGACUAUAUUCAUAUAGUUCCCAGAAAACCUCCAAAGAUGAGAAAGUUGAAAGAAAUCAAGCCGGUGGUACAUUGUGACAUCAACGUGCCUUCCAGGUGGCAAACACAGAGCAGGACAUCCCGAUACAUAAAUGUUUUCACAAAUGGAAGAUUAUUUAUCCCUCCUAUAAAAAUUAUUAUACCAAAAUUCAGCCUGUCGGAUUGGAAUAGCGUGCUGGCCACGAUCGGAGAAAAAGUCUUUCCUCUGGGAGGAGUUCGAAAGUUGUUUACAAUGGAUGGACAUCUUUUGGCUGACUCAAAGAAUUUGCAAGACAAUUAUUUUUAUGUUGCUGCAGGACUGGAGACUUUCAAAUCCAUUCCUUACUGGAAGUCCUCACGGGUCCCCAGUGAGAUCCGGCAGAGGUUUGGGGGCAAUGAUAAAUACACACAAAUAAAGAAAAGAGUGGAAUCCAAAGCAAAAGAACCUCUUCAAAAUGACAGUGUACCACCUAGAAGUCAGGAUUCUGUUUAUUAUGCCAAAGAGAAAAAGCAGAUGGACAAAGAACCUUUAAUUCAAAGUGGUGGAGAAGGUGAUGUAUAUAAAGCACAGACUCCUGCUAAGGAGACCCAAGAAGCACUGGAAGUCAAGGAGGACCCAGAGGUGAAGGUGGAGGUGCCAGUUGAUCAGGCACCAGCUGAAAUUGUUAAAGAAAUUGAUGAGAUAGGCGAUAGCAGCCCUGGCCUGGAGAGCGGCUUGGAAAAGGAAGUGGAAAGGCUUUAUGAAGAUAUUGACAGAAAGUUUAUUGCUUCAUCAAGAACAUGGGACAUGCGUGGGAAUGUGAAGGGAGACUAUUCACGAAUGUCUUUUAAGAAAAGGUUUCCCUUAAGACACCGCAGAAAGAGAAAAGAAGAGAGGUUUGCAAAGUGGACCCCUCAGAUACUGAGACACGAAGGUGGCAUUUGUGCCCAGUUGGAGGAGAAGUGCCACCACCUGGUCUCCAGCAGUGAGCCCAUGUGUCCUGUCAAGUAUAAAACGAUGAUUAGGACCACAACAUGGUGCAAAGGAGAGCGAGUCCUGAGUCUGCAACCCAAAGAACUGAUAGUAGCCCUGGACCUGCUGUCGAGGGCCUAUGUCGACACAGGCCAGUUGCAGGGGCCCCAUGUCUUCAUUGCAUCUCUCAAGAACUUCUGCAAGAAUAAAGAGGUGGUUCCAACGCCUGAAAAAAACGAACAUGACAUUCUAGAAGAAAAACCCAUACUUGCAUUGCCAGAAACCCAAGUAGAAGCAGAAGUUCAAAGAUAUCCAUCAAUGGGACAAGAAUCAUUAGAAGAGUCAUCAUUAACUCAAGACCAAAGACAUGAGCAACAAGAAUCCUUUGUAAAGUCAUCUUUGGGAACACCAUCCCCAGAACGACCUGAAAAAAAGGAAUCCCCUAGGCAAUCAUCCUUGGAACCAAUAUCUCCAGAGCAGCAACUUGAACAGCAAGAGGUACCUGAACAGUCAUCCUUGGGAUCACCAUCCCUAGAGCAGCAACUUGAACAACAAGAGGUACAUAUUCAGUCAUUCCUGGAACCACCAUCCUUAGAGCAGCAAUUUGAACAACAAGAGGUACAUAUACAGUCAUUCCUGGGACCACCAUCUCCAGAGCAACAACUUGAACAAGAGGUACAUAUACAGUCAUUCCUGGGACUACCAUCCCUAGAACAGCAACUUGAACAACAAGAGAUAACUGUACAGUCAUCCUUGGGACCACCAUCCCCAGAGAAACAACUUGAACAACAUGAGGUAUCUGUACAGUCAUCCUUGGAACCAUCAUCCCCAGAGAAACAACUUGAACAAGAGUCUCCUGGACAGUUAUUCUUGGAACCAUCAUCCCCAGAGCAGCAACUCGAAUGGCAAGAGAUACCUGUAUCUUUCAGACCACCAUCUCCAGAACAAUCUGAAUGAGAGUCGUCUAAAGAGUCAUCCCUGGGACAGUUUUUAGAGCAACCACCUGAGUAAUGAGAAUCUCUUAAAUAGUCAUCUUUGGGGCCACCAUUCCAAGAAUAUCUACCCAAGCAACGAGAUCCCAGUGACAGUCAUCCUUGAGAUAACAAUCUCAGGAACAGAUGACUCUGGGACAGCACAUGAAACAAAUACUAUGAUAACAAAAUAUCAACCAUGUUGUGAAGAGAAACAGUCAGGAACUGGACAGGACCAUAGGCAAAUGAAAAUAAAAUUAGACAAUUUAUUUUCAUAUUAUGCUGAGGUAUGCCAGUAGGGUAUUGCAAUUGUCAACCUCACAUUUUGAUGGUCGGACUUAAAGUUUAAAAAAUGAGUAAUAUUAAAUUCAUCUGGAAUCCC